UAGCAACGACCAUGAUAGCUCUGUUUUGAUAGCUUUCAACCCAAUUGCCAAUUCUACUCUUCACCACUGCCAGAGCAAAAGCUUGAGCUUUCACAUACGCUAUCCGCGAAAGCUCCUCUCUUCCAUUUUCGCGUCCCCCAUCCAUCUCGACAUGGCUGACCAAAACCCCCUCGCCGAUUCCGGCAUCACCAUCCGAUCCGACAGCGAGCAAUACUCCAACUCUGGCCCAGACGACCUCUCGAUGUCCCCAUCGCCGCCCUCAACAUCCAGCUCUCCGCUGAUUCUAUACUCGCCGCCUACGUUCUGGAGCUUGGCAAGGGGCGCGGCAAUCAACCUGUUCUUGCCAUUCAUCAACGGGCUCAUGCUCGGGUUUGGGGAGCUGUUUGCGCACGAGGCGGCUUUCAGGCUGGGAUGGGGCGGAACGAAGGUUUUCCCUAGCUCGCGGAAUGCAAGAGCCAUCGGCCCCGGUAUCGAGAUCCGCGACAGCCCGGAAGAAAUCGAGAGGGAGCGAGACAUGGACAGGUUGACCAGCCUGGAAUGAACGCAUAAUUGGCCCGGCGGCUGGUGAAAUCCAGCUAGCACCGCGAGCACAAAAAAUAUAUCAUACGGGCGGGCGUUUGGAGUUUAAGAGAAUGGGGUUCUUGAUAUUAUAAUGGCAUUUGAGCAUAGGAUGCCAUAUUUUGUACAUACAGGCUACGGGCUGGAUGUUACAUAGAGUACCACCCGUUCUGAAUACUACUUUUACCGAAUGGCUGGCUUCUUAUUUUGAUCUCUAAUCUCAUUUUGUCCCGCCAACCCGCACGUCCUGGGAGCUCGCCAAGUAACGCCCGCUCCCGCAUGCCAACGCGUUACAUAUCCGUCGACAACGUCCUGCAAAACUCCUCCGAAAUCCCCUCCGGACAAGCGCGCUUGCCUCCUCAUGCUCGGACAGCGCGACCGGGCGUGCAACGUAGCAUGUCUGCUGCGAAUGUAUCACCCGGGACGCGAACGUCUCAGUCUCUCGUCGGAACGAGCUGGACCAGACGUUGUGAGCAUGGCUACUUAUUCGGACGUGAAACCCUACGCCUCGAGACUACAGCCUGCUUCACUGACUAUAGGAGCGCUGUGUAUUUGCUCAGUUACUAUAAAUGCGGAAGAAAUUAAUACCAGACCGAUUUUGUAUCAUCCCUAGGACAGUUCUGUUACACCCGGAUGGGCCAAGGUUUGACAGAGAAGUUCUCACAGCGGCUAUACAAAGGCCGAUAUGGUCAGACUCUGGAGUCGAUGCUUCUCCCAAUCCCUCCACAGGCUAUUUUCUGCUGUCGACUUCUUGUUGCUGCCAACUGCUUCUCUUACUGUCGACUGAUUCUUGUUACCUAUCAUCUCCAUCGUUCCACGAACAGGGCAGAAGACAGGAACUUUCUUUCCAUUCAGCAUGUCGUACUGUGUCUCAACACACGCAGUAGCAGAUUCACUUGGUGACGCUGUUACAGCUGGUGUCUCUGCGCCAGUUGCGUUCACUUUGUAAAUGUUAGUGAUGGAGUGGCAUAUUCAAAAGGACUUCCUUACUCCAACUCCAAUACAGCCCCC